AUGAAUGACUAUGUGUGUAGAAGGUUCCUUCUUGUAAGGAACUGGCUUCCCGAUCAAUUGAAUAGUGAAGGAAAGUAUCAGUUUAUUAGUGAUAAAGAUUUCAAAGAGCAUUGUAAUAAUAAAAUCUGCAAUACUGAUCUUGAAAAAAUUAAUGCUGGAUGUUUAUUGUUAUUUAAUCAAUUCUUUGGAAGUUCUGAUUUGUUUAAGUAUCAUAAUAACAUCAAUAUUGUUGAUUACAUUAUGAUAUGGUUAUGUUAUAUGUUAAACCUAAAGAAAAGUGUAGAAGGAAUCACCAAUCUACAACAUUUUUAUGAUACAUAUAUAAAUAAACAAGAAAAGUAUACACAUUCUAUAAAUGGUGUUACGGGGUAUAGUAGUUAUAAGGAACUUAUAGAUAAAACAAAUAUGGUGAGCAUGGAUAUUAAAGAUAUAUCUAAAUUUUAUGAUGUAUUUAUAUUAUUAUGUGAAAUGUAUAUUGAAUUUGAUGGAAAAAGUCUAAAUUGCAAUAAAUAUUCGGGAAAAGCUAAAGAAUUUGUUAAAAAAUAUAAAAAACUUAAGGAAGAUUCCAAUAUUACUGGAAAUAGCUCAUAUAAUAAAUUAUUGUCUACACUAUCAAAUGAUUAUGAUAAUUUUAAAAAGAAAUGUAGUAGUUUUAAUUGUAAAGAUUUUCCACUCCUUCAAGAGAUAAAAACAACACAACCUCAUGUACAAAGUUCUAAACAAAUUCCUGAACAAACUGUAGAAACUUCUGAACAAAGCCCUGAGCAAACUGUACAAACUAUACAAAAAUUAGAACAGAUUUCUGAAGUUGCAUCAUCAAGUUCGUCGAUAGGAAACAAAUUAUUUACAGUUUUAUCGAUAUUUGGUGCAAUAGUAUUUUUUUUAGGAAUUGGAUAUAAGUAUUCGUUAUUUGGAUUUCGGAAACGACCCCCAAAACAACAUUUAAGAGGAAAGUUAAAAAAUUAA